CUGCGAAGGCGAAAGUCUCCAUUUUGUGAGAGCUGUGGAAGUCGAGUCGAGCGACGGUCCCGAAAAAAAAAAAAAAGAGGCAAAACCCAGAAAAGACAAACAGUCACGCAGACGACGAACCGCUCGCUUACCAAGUUAUUAUCCGAAAGGAAAGCAAAUCUUAUCGUAUGUCCGCUAUCCAGAACCUCACACCUUUUGACCCCUUUGCUGAUGCAACUAAGGGUGAUGACCGCCUCCCAGCUGGGACAGAGGACUACAUCCACAUAAGAAUCCAACAGCGGAACGGCAGGAAGACCCUCACAACUGUCCAGGGCAUCGCUGCUGACUAUGACAAGAAGAAGCUAGUCAAGGCCUUCAAGAAGAAGUUUGCCUGCAAUGGGACAGUGAUUGAGCACCCAGAGUAUGGUGAAGUGAUCCAGCUUCAGGGAGAUCAGCGCAAGAAUAUCUGCCAGUUCCUCAUUGAGAUUGACCUGGCCAAGGAGGAGCAGCUCAAAGUCCACGGCUUCUAGAAGCUGCUAAGCAGCCCUGUCCCUGUCUUUCCCAAAAGGCUAUUAACCCCCCCUCCUUCCCCCUCCUCCUUCAAUGUGCUGCUGUGGCUCUCUUCCUGUUCUUAUCCCUUGCAGCCCCACCAGCUCCUACUAGCUAAAACGUGAAUUACCUCUGACAAACAUGGGACUCUGUAACACCAUAACCCCUUUACAACACCAGGGGGCAGGCUCGUGCUCUCAAAGUCACACCACUGCAACUCGACAUGACAUCAGGGAUGAAUGGUGAUGACGCUCCCACACACUUCCUUUAUUUUGACUUUUGUUUAUUUCCCUUUUUAAUUUUUCUUUUUAGGUCUCAUACACAAUGAAGCAUUGUUUCAUGUAACUUUUGUUUUGUACUUCAAGGUGUUUCAAUAAAAUGAGUCUCCAUA